AUGCCUUAUAGCCAUAUUCUACCAUAUUUAUUGAGGGGAUCACUUGUACAACUAAGGGAGUUAGGACCCCCACCAGCGGUUCUUCCUCCCGGUUAUGAUGCAAAUGCCCGUUGUGAAUUUCAUUCUGGCGCUCCUGGAUAUUCGAUCGAGAAUUGUAAAGCAUUAAAGUACAAGGUUCAAGAUCUUAUUGAUUCUAAGGCAAUCACGUUCACCCCCAAGGGGCCGAAUGUAAAUAAUAACCUGAUGCCCCCUCAUAAUAAUGCAUCAGUGAAUAUGAUGGAAGUUGACAAUAGAAGGAGAUUGAUGUCAUGUGUGGACGAGUUAAAAACACCACUCAUCGAGAUCAAGAAUGCUUUAAUGAAGGAUAAUGCCUUUCCCAUCUGUAGUAAUGAUUGUGAACACUGUCUGAUUAACCCGCAACAAUGUAGGACAUUGAGUUCUAUCAUACAACAAUUAAUGAACCAAGCGAUCUUGGUGGUAGACUGCCCGUCCACAAAGGAAGAUGUGUCUACCCUCGAGAUACCAUACGACGAAGUCCCUCCUUUGCAAAUUCCAUAUGACUUCUCUCAGUUAACUCUGUCGACAAAUCCUGUUACUCCAAUCAUAAUAACAGUUCCCACACCAUUCCCAUAUGUUGACACAAAGGCAGUCCCAUGGAUGUAUGACACCUCAGUCUACAUUCAUGGUCAGAAGAUUCAAGAAGAACCGUUAAAGUCUAGUGAUCCAAUGAUCAAUAUUACCGGCACUAGCGGAAUCACGAGAAGUGGAAGGAUAUUUGCGUCGACACCCACUCCAAUUGGAACUAUCAAUCCUUCAACUUCAGACAAAGGCAAACAAAUUGAUGGCGCUCAGCAAAGACAAGACCCCGCACCUUCCAAUGAAGUAGACGAGUUCUUACGCAUUAUCAAGAAGAGCGAUUAUCGAGUAGUUGAUCAGCUUAACCAGACACCCUCGAAGAUCUCGAUGUUAUCUUUAUUAAUGUGCUCGGAGGCCCAUAGGGAUGCUUUGGUAAAAUUUCGGAGGAUAGCUCACGUACCACAAGAGAUAUUUGUUUGUCAGUUUGAAGGAGUAGUUAACAAUAUCGCUACUAGCUUAAGCUUGGUCCUAUCAAGAGUUUUGGUAGACACUGGGUCUUCCCUCAAUGUGAUGCCUAAGAGCUCCUUUGCUAAACUAACUAUUGAAGGACUCAUAAUGAAGCCGAGUGAGCUUAUAGUAAGAGCAUUUGAUGGGACUAGAAGGACUGUAAUCGUUGAGUUGAAUUUGCCUAUGAAGAUUGGUACCCAUAUUUUCCUUAUCACUUUCUUCGUAAUGGAUAUCUAUCCAGCCUACAGUUGUCUGCUUGGGAGGCCUUGGAUCCAUUCAGCUGGUGCAGUCACUUCAAUGCUUCACCAAAAAUUGAAAUUCUUAGCUGAUGAUAAACUAGUUGUUGUCGAGGUAAGAGAUGAAUCCAAAGAUGCCGAAUCUCCCAUGGCAUCUCUUAAAGACGCCCUGACAAUCAUAAAGGAUGGACACCCCCAAGGAUGGGGAAGAUUGCUUGAACUUCCUACCAAUAAGGACCGCACCGGUUUAGGAUACAACUCCCAGAAUUUGAAGAAGCCCGCGCCGAUAGCUACAAGGGGAUCAGUGCUCCUGCUAUCCGAAAACUUCUCAAGUGUUGGUUACCUGGAUGACAACCGUAUAUGUGCCGUGGAAGAAGAAGAAGAAGGAGAUGAUGGGUUGAUCUUCACAAAGACUGAUGGAAAUGGUGCCACCAAAUGGACCGAGAUUAAAAUACCUAAAGUGACCUUGAUUGAAAUAUCAUCCUCGACAACCACCAAUGACAAUUCUGCUACAGUCUCAUACGACUUUGACAACCCAAUUAAUCAAGCUGAUGAAGAGUGUGAGAAAGAGGCCGAACUCCCAGAAGAAUUGGCAAGGCUGCUCAAGCAGGAGGAAAAAGUCAUCCAGCCGCACGAAGAAUCAGUGGAAGUGAUUAACCUUGGGACAGAUGAGGAAGCGAAAGAAGUCUGA